AUGGAUAAUUUAAACAAUCUUCCGGCAGAGAUCAUAUCGGAUGUUCUUACUUGUUUACCGGCUGAAACAGUUCUGGAUUGCAAAUUGGUAUCCAAGACAUGGAGAGACCUCAUUAAGCAUCCACUGUUCUAUAAGAUGCACACAAAUCGUCUCAUCAAUCAUUCUGCAACAGCAGCUUAUUCUACUGAUUCCGGUAAGCUGGGUUUUCUUGCCUUGGCCCAGGAUAAAAAGCUCUACUAUUUUGAAUAUGUUGAGAAUCAUAAUAAACCCAUUGAUAAUUUCAAAAAUAUCAGUCUAACACCUCCAAUCCAGAACUAUAAAUAUAACUAUGUUGGUUCGUUUAAUGGUUUGAUAUGUCUACGGGCUGUGGGAGAGAAUAUUUGUAUGUAUAACCCUAUGACAAAAGAGUACGUUUUUCUUCCUCAACCUACGAUUAAUUUUUAUCGGAUUAAGCAAAGGUGGUUUGGAUUUGGUUAUCUGCCUUCAACCGGUGAGUACAAAGUUGUUUUAAUGUAUAAGGUGCCCAAGUUUGUAGAGGUUAUUGUUUACACCCUUGGCAGUGGAAAUGGCUGGAGAAACAUUGGACAAUUCAAGCUUGAAUUUAACUAUGUUUACGAAGGACAUGGAGUCUUUGUGAAUGGAGCUCUUCAUUGGAUGCACAAUGCAAGAGCAAGAGCAAGAAGGAUGAUUCUGGUCUUUGAUUUGGCUGAUGAAAAAUUUUGUGAGCAUCUUUCACCACCUCUUGUGCCAAUAGCGUGCAACUAUUUAGUAGUAGGAGUUUUGGGUGGGUUUUUAUUCUGUGCAGAUAGACAUUUCUGCUCAGUUAGUAGACAGUACGUGUCUUCUGACAUAUGGGUAUACAAAAAGAAUAAUGAUAAUUAUUCCAUGAAAGAGCUGGAUGAACACCGUUCACUGGGUUGGAGUAAAGUGUUUACUAAUGUAUACAGCAUACCAUUAGCAUUUACGAAGAGCGGCGAUGUCUUAACUUACAGUUUGAGCUUUCUCAGUAUUUAUGACGCAAAAUCUUCUACCUUGAAAAAGAUAUUGGUGCCUUUUAAGGAGCAAUUUUGUCAAAUUUCCCCUCACAGGAAUACGUUUGGUUCGUUGAAAGAACUAGGAGAAGGAAAUGCAAAAACAGUGGAGUCAGUUAAAACUAAGAAGCGAAAAAGCCGUGAUUAUGCAUGA